AUGGCUAUUGGUCAAGGGACGCUUCCAAAGGAUGACCAAAUUGAAUAUAAUAAUGAAGCCGGUGGCACUAGUACAAUUUCUGAACCCAUUGAUUUAAUUACUAGGACCGGCUUGGUACCAAAGACCACUACAACUACAGAGAUCACUACGGAGGAUAUACUAAGUAAUGAUAUAACAGUUCCACGGGUAAACGAUAAAAGCUCUAAUCAACUAAUAAAUGAUGAAAUGGAAAAUCAUAGCUACAAAGAAAGCUUGAGUGUUAAUAAACUACCACAUGAGUUGAAUGAUAACGCAGAUCAUAUGGACAUAAAGAGUAAAAAUAUAGAACCGAUUAAUACAAUAGUCAUACCAGAUACUUCUAAUUUCCUUCCUAUAUCAAAUGAUAUUGAUAAACAAGAAUAUAUUAGUGACCCAACAAGUGAUAAGGAAGAGCCGCCGGUUGAAUCGAACACCUUCCUGAGAUCAGAACGAAAUGGGGAAAUAACAAGCAAUGACUUGAGAUCAGAGUUGAGAGUUGAUAAAAAUAUUCAACUGCGUGCAUCUCCAAACCAAAAUAAAACGUUGUUAUUUGCUCUCGCGAAUGAUAUGAAUUCAAAGCGUUCAAGCACGUAUGCUUCAAAAUCAACUGUAAAGGCUAUACCAAUACGAAACCACUCUAGCCAUUCAAUGGCUCGCGGUUUUAACUCAUAUUACGACAACGAUGAUGUUAGCUCAUUAAAAAGUAGAUCCUCUUCAAUGGCAGCCUCAUUUUCUAAAGGGUUCCUUCUUGGAUUUUAUAACAAUAGAAAUAAGCAUGCGAACAAUCAAAAAGUAGUGCUAUCGAAGGAAUAUUGGAUGAAAGAUGAGAGCGCGAGAGAAUGCUUUACUUGUGGCAAGAGGUUUAAUACCUUCAGAAGAAAACAUCAUUGUCGAAUAUGUGGCCAAAUCUUUUGCAAAAAUUGUACGUUAAUUAUUAAUGGAGAACGGUUUGGUUAUGAUAGAAGUCUAAGAGUCUGUCAAAAUUGCUACAAACACGCCGAUAACUAUCAGGAUUCUAGUGAUGAAGAGUAUUAUGAGGAAGAAAAUAGCGUCAUAACAAGGGAGCCGAGUACGAAUCUCAUGAAUGAGCAUCUGUCCAAAAAAGAAGAGCAGGACUCUAUGAAUGACUUUAAUAUCCAAGAGGAAGGAGAUAGUAGUAUUUUCAACACACCAAAUAAAAAUAAUGAAGUACUAUUUAUUCAUGAUGAUGAUGUCCAUAGUAUUAUCACUUCUAAGCAAGAUUCAAAACUUUUCAUAUCCACUCCUCCUCCACCUCCAAAAAUGGCGAUACCUGCUACGAAGCAGGGUGAAUCUCUAGAAAUUGCCUUCAAUAAUAAUCUGGUUAAUAGAAACUCCAAUAAAACAAUAAGUCAUGAUGGUAAUAAUGAAAAAAUCACUAUUCGAGAUUUGGAUGACCCCACAUCUUAUAAACCAAAUGAAAAGAAGAAUCCCAAUUCCACACCUUCUUUGCGUAGGUCUCUAUUCCAAUACAUGGGUAAAACCAAUAGAGAUCAAGCCAACAAUCACAUGCCCAGCAAUCCCUUACCCGAUAGUAGUUUACUAAACAAUAGAAAUUUUCAGUUUAAGUUUAACUUUAGACCAGAACUUUAUAAUGAGAGGCGAAAAUCGUUUGGAGCUGAUAAGUUUAAUAGUAACGAGAAUAAAAACGCUAUAAAUGUUUCUCAAUCACCAAAACUGUCAUUAGAGUACGAUAACAAUGAUUUAGAAGAUGAGGCAUCUAUGUCUCUGUAUUCCUCACUGCAUGGUAGCAUUCCAACAGAUAAACCAAUUGGAUUUGUUAGAACUAGUAGCAAAUCAGAUCAACGGGCUAUGGCUUCAUUACACAGAAUUAGACACAAACGGACUGGCAAAAGCAAGUCAAUUUCGAUGACGUAUCCUAGUAACUUAGAUUCCGAUUUUAUCUCUCAGAGUUCGCCCAAUCUAUUGUCUGUUGUGAGUGAUGAACUUCCAUUACCUCAACCAACAUCAAUUUUGUAUCGAACCGGUUGGGAUAAAGCGAGUACCGGUACCAACAAUGCCUGGAAAAGACAUUCCAGCUUAACAUCUGUAAGGCCCUCUGCCGAACCUAAACCUGAAUUAAACAAGGUUGCUCAAAUUCAUUUAAACUCACUUCUUGACCAGGUUUUAGGCGAUCAAGAUAUUGCUGAUAAAGAACUAUGGAAAAAUAAACUGUUAUCAUUACUUUCGCAAAUUCAAAACAUUAUACUAUCGGCAAAAGAUUUGAAUACACUAGACUAUCGACAGAACUACUUGAAGAUUAAGAGAAUUACGGGUGGUUCUAUAGAUGCAUCUGAGUAUAUUAAUGGGAUAGUAUUUUCCAAGAAUCUACCCAAUAAACAUAUGUCUCGAAAAAUAGAGAACCCGAGAAUUCUUCUGCUGAUGUUUCCAGUUGAAUAUGAGAGAAGUGAGAACAAAUUUUUAAGUAUAGACUCCGUAAUUGCACAGGAAAAAGAAUAUUUGAACAAAUUGGUGUCUAGAAUUCUAUCCUUAAGUCCCGAUAUUAUAUAUGUGGGAGCAAAUGUUAGUGGUUAUGCUUUGGAUUUGUUUUGCAAUGCUGGCAUUGUAAUCCAAUACAACAUGAAACCACAGGUACUGGAAAGGAUAGCAAAGUAUACCGAUGCUGACAUAGCUCUGUCAAUUGAAAAACUAGCCACAAAUAUAAAAAUGGGUGAGUGCCAGCUAUUUGAGGUAAAAUCCUAUCUUUAUGACAAACAUAUUAGCAAGACAUAUACCUUUUUGCGUGGCUGCGAACCUACACUAGGUGGCACUAUUUUAUUGAGAGGUGCUAAUGAAACAGUUUUAAGAAAAAUCAAACAAAUUGUGGAGUUCAUGGUAUACGCUACGUUUUCACUUAAAUUAGAGAGCUCCUUUUUCAAUGACAAUUUUUUACAAUUAUCUGUUGAGCAUUAUUUGCUUGCAAAAACCGAAUCAAAAAACCAACAACCAGAGGGAUAUUAUUCAGAUUUUGUAGAAAAGUUCAAUAACAGAUUGCUGAGCGUCUCCCCUACUGUUAGUUUUCCAUUACCAUUUCUCUUAAAACAAGCUCGAAACCUUGAAAGAGAACUAAGACUUUUGGAAGAUCAAGAAUCAACAGUUCAUGCUGCUAAAGAGGAGUAUCAAAUCGGGCUUUUGUCAGAUAUCUCUAAUAAGCUAACAAAAAUGGAAUUGGUAAACCUCGGCAGAUAUAUAAUGGAGAAAGAAAUACAAGAUUUGAAGAAUGAAUAUAAAAAAAGAGCUCGUCAAUGGGAGGUCUACUACUCUUUAACAAGGAACAUGCUGGGAACUGGGUCACACCAGAGUAUCACCGUUUUAUACUCAAUGGUUUCAAUUAAAACUGCUACCCCCUGUAUCGGACCACAACUUAUGACCAUAGAUUAUUUUUGGGAUAGUGAUAUUUCAGUUGGUCAAUUUAUUGAAAACAUUGUUUCAACUGCUUGGCACCCGUGCAAACAAGGAUGUAAUACAUAUCUAUUUGACCACUAUAGAAGUUAUGUUCACGGUGAUGGAAAGGUUGAUGUAAUGCUAGAGCGAUUUGAAACAAAACUUCCAAAAUUGAGAGACAUAAUCUUAACAUGGAGCUAUUGCAAAAAAUGCGGAUGCUCAACUCCAAUUCUACAAAUAAGUCAAAAAACUUGGAACUAUUCCUUUGGAAAAUACCUUGAAAUCAUGUUCUGGAGUGAGAGACACAGCUUGCUAGGUGUAGGAAAAUGUGGCCAUGAAUUUACCAAAGAUCAUGUCAAAUACUUCAGUUACAAUGACUUAGUCGUCCGAUUAGAAUAUUCUGAUUUAGAAAUCCAUGAACUUAUUACUCCCUCAAGAAGAAUUCGAUGGAAACCAAAUAGAGAUAUUAUUAUGAAAGUUGAAUUAUAUUAUGGGAUUUUGGAUAAAAUCAACUACUUUUAUAGCAAUGUAUCUGAACGUCUAGACAGAAUUAAACUGGAUGGUUUAGUUGUUGAUAAGAUGGAACCAGGAAAGCAAAAACUAAAUGAAAUGAAAAUUAUGCUGGAGAACAAUAAAAGGAACCUUCUUGAGAAGUUAGAAAAGCAAUACAAAGAUACCCCUGGGACAGAGCACUUGCACUUAAACAGUAUUUUACGCUCAUUGUACAAUCAAACCAACUUUUGGAACAAUGAAUUUAAAGAGUUCGGAGAAACAUACUUACCUUCGGAAAAUGAUAUAACUAGAAUUACUACAUCACAGUUGAAGAAGAUAUUUGGGGAACCAAAGAAACCAGAUCUUAUUCCAGAAUCGACACACCUCAAUGUUAGUGACAGAAGUAAUGAACUGGAACGGAUAAGCGAGAGUCAAUCUUUUAUAUCUGAAAGUAAGGAAGACAGUGUGGACAAUAACAGAGCUGCUGAAAGAAUAAAUGCCUUACGCGAACAUACAAAAAAACCAUCCAUUAGCACUUCAAUGAUUAAUCUAUCAAAACAUGAUCAACCAUCGUUCAUUGAGCAUAGCGUCCCUCCAACGACAUACAAUGAUUCAGGAUAUGAUUCUAGAGUAGGCAAAUUAACUAAUUUCUUUGAUCAACUACAUUUUGAUGCUUUAACGAAAGAAUUUGAACUUGAGCGAGAGCUACAAAAGCUACAACUGAAUAAAUCUAAAUCAAGGAAAUUCAGGCUUCAAAACUCGACACCUAUUGUAGAGAUAUACAAGGAUGUCAAGGACGCAGUUGAUGAACCACUUCAUAACGAUGAAAAGAUACAAAAUGAUGACUCAAAUGAAGUUGAAUCGGUCGAUUAUUCAAAUUCAUCGAAGGCUCAUAGAUCAACACAACAGAAAAAAGUUUCUGAAAUGCUGGAGAGUGAAUUAAAAAAUUCUAUCAACAGAUGGGGUGAAGCCUACAUUAAUAGUGAUUCAAAUUUAGCAUCUAUGGAGCACUUAGAAAAGAAAGGUGAAACUGAUAUUACAAAAGAUAAUAAUAAAAUACUUGAUACAGAUCAGAAGUCGGUGGAAGUUGCACCUCAACCCGAAAAAUCUACGCUUAUGAAAACUUUGGCAACAUUUUGGGCGGACCGUUCAGCUUACCUUUGGAAACCCUUCUCUUUUCCUAUUGGAGCCAAUGAGCAUGUGUUUACCGAUUCUGAUGUCAUAAUAAGAGAAGAUGAGCCAAGUUCUUUGAUCGCUUUUUGCUUGAGCACCUCAGACUACAACAACAAAAUGGCAUCUAUCAAAGACGAUACUGACGUGGCACCGGUGGAAAAGGUAGUUAACAAUCAAGACCAUAAAAAAUCAUCAAAUCAACAAAACAUUUCUGAUAGUAGCGAAAAAACCCAUGCUAAUAGCAACAUUGAGUCGGUCAAUGAAACAUCAUCUGUUUUGACAGAAGAGAAAGCAAGUGUAUCUGAUAAAUAUUUUGAUCCAGCAAAAAACCUAGAAGCUAUAAUGACGAAGAAGACAGCUAUCCAUUUGCGGUACCAAUUUGAAGAUGGGCUUGUCGUAAUGUCAUGUAAAGUAUUCUUUGCUGAACACUUUGAAGCAUUCAGAAAAAUUUGUAACUGUGAUGAAAACUUUAUCCAAAGUUUAUCCAGAUGCGUUAAGUGGCAUUCAAACGGUGGUAAGAGUGGUAGUGGAUUCUUAAAGACCCUUGACAACCGAUUUGUUAUCAAAGAAUUAACCCACAGUGAAGUUGACUCUUUUAUCAAAUUCACUCCCAGUUAUUUCGAGUACAUGGCACAGGCCAUGUUUCAUGACCUUCCAACUACUCUUGCGAAAGUAUUUGGUUUCUUUCAAAUUCAAGUGAAGAAUCCGAUUUCUGGCUCUAAGAAUUACAAAAUGAACGUCAUCAUUAUGGAGAAUCUAUUUUACAAUAAAAAGACAUCUCGAAUUUUUGAUCUCAAGGGCUCUAUGAGGAAUAGGCACGUUGAACAAACAGGUAAAGCCAACGAGGUCCUUCUAGAUGAAAACAUGGUUGAGUAUAUCUUUGAAUCUCCAAUACAUGUUAGGGAAUACGACAAGAAAUUGCUUAGGGCUUCAUUGUGGAAUGAUACACUUUUCCUUGCAAAGAUGAACGUCAUGGAUUAUUCACUUGUGGUAGGUAUUAACAACGAUGAUUACACACUUACGGUGGGCAUUAUCGAUUUCAUCAGAACUUUCACCUGGGACAAAAAAUUAGAAAGUUGGGUCAAAGAAAAGGGCCUUGUAGGUGGAGGUAAUAGUAUAAUGAAGCAACCAACAGUGGUAACUCCCAAACAGUAUAAGAACAGGUUCAGAGAAGCUAUGGAGAGAUACAUACUUAUGGUUCCUGACCCAUGGUAUCAAGAUACAAACUAA